AUGAAAUCACAGCAACCAGAACCAUUAAUGCAGCAAAAAAUACCUGAAGGACCUUGGCAAGUCGUCGCAGAAGACUUGUUUUAUUUUCAUGGUGAUGAACACCUUGCUGUCGCUGAUUAUUACUCCAAAAUUCCUUUUGUAAAAAAGAUUGGAAAACGAAGCACCAGCAUGGCAGUCAUCAAGAUGACCAAAUCUAUAUUCAGUGAGCAUGGUAUUCCAAACAAAGUUGUAAGUGACAACGGUCCACGCUUUAGCAGUACCGAGUUCCGACAAUUUGUAAACGAGUGGGAGAUUGAACAUGUGACAUCCAGCCCACAUUACCCAAUAAGUAAUGGGUUCAUUGAAAAAGCCAUACAAGCAAUAAAAAGUACACUACAGAAGUCAAAAGACAGUGGCUCAGUCCCAUUCCUAGCACUAUUGUGCUUGAGGACACCACCAAUAGACAGUUACCUUCCACCACCCACAGAAUUACUGUAUAACCGGAAAUUGAGGAGCAAUCUACCAAUAAGGUAUCAAGACGACGAUCACCACAACAAAGUCACCAACAGAUUAAUCCAACGACAAACCAUGCAAAAGACCUAUCAUGACAAAAGUGGAGUUAAAAACCUUGUUCCAUUGAAAGAAGAACAAGUGACAGUACAAGACCCCCAAAACAAGGACAUGGACGAAAGCAACUGUGCGAAAAAUCUGCAAGGAACUAAGAUCGUAUUGGGUGGAAACUCAAACAGGAGGUAUACUAAGACGGAACAGAAAACACCUUCACAAGCAGCAUUUAACAGUUUAACUAGUAAUCCCUUAUUUAAAAAAAUUAAACGUACACUGACAGUUACCAAUUCAGUGUAA